GUUUACCCCUCCGCAACGGGCGCAGGUCGCUGUCGCUGUCGCCGCAGCUGACCCAGCUGUGCACGACCUGACCCAGCGCGCCCCUGUUCAGGGACGUCACGUCACUUCACACCCGCGCUCACAGCCUCUGGGCACCUCCACGUCCGGCGCUUGAGACAAGGAGAAACGGCAGAAUAACCUCGCGGUGACGGCCGCAGCACUGCCGCGGCAUUCCCGGCGCCCGCCUUUAUAGCAAACCGGAGAGGGGCGGGGCCGGCGCCGCCCGGACGUGCUGACGUCAGGCCCAGCGGAGGGCGGGGCCGGGGCGGUGGUGGAGGCGGCGGCGGCGGCGUUAGUUCUCCGGGUACCUCCGGCGCCUCAGCCUCCUCAUCCUGCACCACAGGCUCCGAGGCCUCCGUUCCCCUCGGCCCCGGACCCCGCCGCCCGACCCCUCGCCGCCCUUCCCAGGCCGCCCCGUCGCCAUGGGCCGGCGCCCGCCGCGCUGCCGGGCUGAGGGCAGCUGAGGCGCGGCGCGAAGAUGGGCGAGGACGGAGCAGGGCCCGAGCGCCAGCCCCAGCAGCCCGGGCGCCCCGCGCGCGCCCGCCCGCGCCGCCGAGGGGAUGCCCGCGCCCGCCGCCGCGCCCUGAGCGCCUUUGUCUGCCGCCCGCGCCCGCCGCACCACUAGCCUCUCGGGAGCAUGGCGUCGGCCCCGCCGGCCUCGGAGCCGCCGGGGCCUGACCCUGAGCCUGGCGGGCCGGACGGGCCGGGGGCGGCGCAGCCGGUGCUGGGCCCCGCGGAGCUGCGCCUCGGAGCGCCAGCCGCCGGCCCCGACGCGGACUCCCCGGGCCUGGGCGAGCCUACGCCCGGAGCCGCUGCGGAUUGCGGGGCGCGCUGGAGCGCCGGGCCGGCCCCGAGGCUGGAGGGGAGCCCGCGGCAUCCCGGGCCGCCUGCGCCGCCGCCGCGCUCCCCGGGCCCAGGGCCCUGCUUCGAGGCGUCGCUUCCACAGCUCGAUCCGUUUUUCUCCUGGACCGAGGAGCCGGAGGAGUGCGGCCCCCCGAGCUGCCCCGAGAGCGCGCCUUUCCGCCGGCAGGGGUCCGGCCGCGGCCGCCGAGCCCGGGGCGAGGUCGACCUCUUCCCGCCCUUCCCCGAGCCCACGACGGGAGAGCUGGCGCUGGGAGAGGGUCCCGGGGCCCCGCCGCAGCCCUCGGACCUUGGCCAUGCGCACCCCCUUUCGAGCGAGCCCGCGGGGAGUCAGGAGGACGGCCCCCGCCUCCGAGCCGUGUUCGAUGCCCUGGACGGGGACGGGGACGGCUUCGUCCGCAUCGAGGACUUCGUCCAGUUUGCCACGGUCUACGGGGCAGAGCAGGUGAAGGACUUAACUAAGUACCUGGAUCCCAGUGGGCUCGGUGUGAUCAGCUUUGAAGACUUCUACCAAGGGAUCACCGCCAUCAGAAACGGAGAUCCCGAUGGCCAGCGCUACGGCGGCGUUGCAUCUGCCCAAGGUGAGGAACCCCUGGCCUGCCCGGACGAGUUUGAUGACUUCGUUACCUAUGAGGCCAACGAGGUGACGGACAGCGCGUACAUGGGCUCCGAGAGCACCUACAGUGAGUGUGAGACCUUCACGGAUGAGGACACCAGCACCCUGGUGCACCCUGAGCUGCAACCGGAAGGGGACGCAGACAGCGCUGGUGGCUCGGCAGUGCCCUCCGAGUGCCUGGAUGUCAUGGAGGAGCCCGACCAUGGUGCCCUGCUGCUGCUCCCGGGCAGGCCCUACCCGCGUGGCCAGUCUGUCAUCACGGUGAUCGGGGGCGAGGAGCACUUUGAGGACUACGGUGAAGGCAGUGAGGCAGAGCUGGCCCCAGAGACCCUGUGCAAUGGGCAGCUCGGCUGCAGUGACCCCACUUUCCUCACGCCCAGUCCGACAAAGCGGCUCUCCAGCAAGAAGGUGGCCAGAUACCUGCACCAGUCAGGGGCCCUGACCAUGGAGGCCCUGGAGGACCCUUCGCCCGAGCUUGUGGAGAGCCCAGAGGAGGACAUUGCUGACAAGGUCGUCUUCCUGGAAAGGCGCGUGCUGGAGCUGGAAAAGGACACAGCUGCCACCGGCGAGCAGCACAGCCGCCUGAGGCAGGAGAACCUGCAGCUGGUGCACAGAGCAAAUGCCCUGGAGGAGCAGCUGAAGGAACAGGAGCUGAGAGCCUGCGAGAUGGUCCUGGAAGAGACCCGGAGACAGAAGGAGCUCCUAUGCAAGAUGGAGAGGGAGAAGAGCAUCGAGAUCGAGAACCUGCAAGCCAGGCUGCAGCAGCUGGACGAGGAGAACAGUGAGCUCCGAUCCUGCACACCCUGUCUGAAGGCCAACAUUGAGCGCCUGGAGGAGGAGAAGCAGAAGCUGUUGGAUGAGAUAGAGUCGCUGACGCUUCGGCUCAACGAAGAGCAGGAGAACAAGAGGAGGAUGGGGGACAGGCUGAGUCACGAGAGGCACCAGUUCCAGAGGGACAAGGAGGCCACCCAGGAGCUGAUCGAGGACCUCCGCAAGCAGCUGGAGCACCUGCAGCUCCUCAAGCUGGAGGCCGAGCAGCGGCGGGGCCGUAGCAGCAGCAUGGGCCUGCAGGAGUACCACAGCCGCGCCCGGGAGAGUGAGCUGGAGCAGGAGGUCCGCAGGCUGAAGCAGGACAACCGCAACCUGAAAGAGCAAAACGAGGAGCUGAACGGGCAGAUCAUUACACUCAGCAUCCAGGGCGCCAAGAGCCUCUUCUCCACAGCCUUCUCUGAGUCCCUGGCUGCAGAGAUCAGCUCCGUCUCCCGAGAUGAGCUCAUGGAGGCAAUUCAGAAGCAGGAGGAGAUCAACUUCCGCCUGCAGGACUACAUUGACAGGAUCAUCGUGGCCAUCAUGGAGACCAACCCGUCCAUCCUGGAGGUCAAGUAGAGGCAGGAAGGCCCGCCUGGGCUGGAUUCCGGACUCCAACACCCGGGAGUGGCCCCGUCACACCAUGAGGAGCCAGGACCAACAGGUCCCACGGCCGACAGAGCUCAGAGCGUGCAGGGAGCCCUCGUGCAGCUGGGCUGGGGCCACUAAAGACAGGCUGCUGAAGGGGCAGAGGGUGGUAGAGAGGAGAGAGAGAAAGGGAAGUCCCUGGGCCCCGGGCCCACAGAGGGUGAGGGGUGUGGCAGGGCCACCCAUCAGUCAGUGCUGACCUUCUCCGUCCUAGAUCAGCCUGGCCGUGAACGCCUACACCUUGGUUCAGCGGGAUGGGCUGGAGAGCCUCUCUGUGCAGAGGUGUGGGGUGAGCCCUGCCAUGGCCUCCUUGUGGUGGGCUCUCUUCCCACAUGCAGCCUUAUCAGGAAGAAAGGAAGAAAACAGGUCCCUCCAGGGGUGCUGCUGCCUACACCACCCACACAAGUACCGUGGUGCCGUGUCGCCCAUGCUGGGCUGCUUCUGAUGGCCAGUGGGCUCCCGGACCCUCACCUCAGACAUGGGGAUGCAGGAAGGACGGGCGGGCAAGGCUGGUGCAUCCCCCAGCUCUCCCUGCCCUGCUCAGGCCAUUGCCCAGCCAGACAUGGUCAGCUCAGUCCAGCUCCGGGCCCUGGGGCCUCCAGGCCAUGCGGCCAAUCCCUUGGCCCAGUCCUCACUGCAGUAGCCCCUGGGGGCUCCAACCGCCUGUGGGGGCCGGGCAGGAGCCACUGGGGCCCUCCACUCUGACGUCGGGACCCGAGAGUCCGGCUGCGUAGAGCUCUCUCCCUGGGCAGGGUGGAUGCUGCAGGCCCCUCUGGCUCCCCCGUGCAGGUGCUGCUUCUCCACAGGUGCUGGCCUGACCUGACCUAAAGGCCACACCCUCUCCACGCACUUCCCAGGCCAGAGUCCAAACAUCAGGAACCCUGUCUCCUGGGUGUCUAACUUAGAAAUCAUUGUUCUUCCCGAGGGUGCAUUUUGCAGGAGAGAGACGGCAGGGAAGGCUCACAGCAGAGCAGGAGUGGGCCUACCGGGGCCGGCACUCCCAGGCGCAGUGGCGUCAUCCUGCAAGGCUGUGGGCCUGCCCCUGAGGCCCCAGCAUUCCCUGGUGGGCCAAGACCCCAUCACCAAGACUGGCCGCCAGCUGUGUGUGUGCGUGUGCUCAUGUGCACGUGGUGCACACGUGUGUGGCCCCGCAUCCACCGCCUUCCACACUAGGAUGUCAGAGGUCGCCUCCUAUUGUACAUUUGGGGAAAGCCUUGGGUGUAAAUCAGUGUAAACUUGGAAGAGAUUUUUCUAUCAUGUAGAGUAGGUAUUUUUUAUAGAUUGAAGGUUGAUCAAUUUUUUAAUACUUUCAAGAGAGAAAACUAUCUGUGUAUACACAUGAAAUAUAUAUAUAUAUAUAUAUGUAUAAUAUAUAAAUACUGGCACCCUGCCUCUCUGUGCCCGGGUCCGGCCCUGGUGACAUGGCUUGUGUCCUGUUUCUGCUGGCCACUCAGCAGUGCUGUAACUGUAAACAUGGACUCCCAGGAGACUGUGGGAAACACGCCGAGCACCAACUGCACAUGCUCCUGCUUUAAUUCCCCUGCCUGGAUGCAGGAGGGCAGGGGCCACCACAGAUUAAAGCUGUUACUGCACACACA